AAUCUAUCUCAAAUUGGCACAAUCAUAUAAACCCUAGAACGAGAUUUUGAUCGGACACCCGGCUGCGGGGCCGGCCCUCCGCCUAAACCCCCGCCGCCGUCCUUCCGACCGCCAUGCUUCUCCCCCUAUGCUCCAUCCCACCACCCACCUCCGCCGCCUCACCAGUAAAUCCUCCCGCUCCACGACAACGACCACCGGCCGCCACUCCCUCUCGUAUCCCUCCGUCUCCUCGUCAACAUCCGACGACGAAUCCCCGCUCGCCGCGGAGCUCUUCCCCACCGCCGGCGCACCCACACUCCUCUCCGUCGCACGCUCCCUCGCCGUCGCCUCCCCGGCCCCUUCCGCCGCAGCUGUCCUCAACUUCCUCCGGCGCCUGCCCCACGACGCCUCCCCACACGUCUUCCCCCACCUCAUCGCCGCCCUCGCUCGCUCGCCCCUCCCAAUCCUCGCGCUCCGCCUCUUCCUGUCCCCACCCACCUCAGCCGCCACCACCCACCACUGCUUCAACUCCUCGCUCCUUCGGUUUUCCCUCCCGCAGCAUCUCCUACCAGCCUUCUUUGCCCACUCCCUGCGCCGCUUCUCCGGCCUCACCCCCACUCUGCUCUCCUUCAACCUCCUCCUUAAGUGCAUCUGUUCCUCUGGUUCCAAGGAGCAGAGGCCUGUAUCUUCCAAUUGCGUUGCAAAUCCUCCACGAUGUCAUUCCGGCUUGGAAUCUUACGCCAGAUAAGUUCACCUACUCCACUAUCGUGUCGGCCCUGGCUGAUGCAGGGCGUGUGGACGACGCGUUGGCGCUGGUUCAUGAAAUGGUGGUUGAUGGCAUUUUGGCGGCAGAGGCAUUUAACCCGGUGCUCAAGGCGAUGCUGCGUACAGGUGAUGUGAAUGGGGCGGCCAAGCUGUUUCGGUUUAUGCAGCUGAAGGGUUGCACACUGACGGAAUCAACAUACAAUGUGCUGCUGCAUGGUUUAUUAUUGUGUGGGCGGGCGAGGGACGCAGCGGGCAUGAUGAGAAGAAUGGAGAGUGAGGGGAUGCCGCCAGGGUUGAUGACUUACGGGGCAGUAGUGGAUGGACUGCUGAAGUGUGGGAGAAUGGAGGAUGCAUGGAAGGUGUCUGAGGAAAUGGGAAGGAAGGGGCUUACACCUAGUGAUUUUGUGUUUUCCUCUGUGAUCACCGGUUUUUGCAAGUCAGGUGAGGUUGACAGGGCAUUGAAGGUGUGGGAGACAAUGGUGGCUGCCAAGGUAAACCCAAACACUGUUUUGUAUUCAGCAAUGAUUGAUGGCCUGGCCCGUUGUGGGAGGAUGACUGAAGCUAAAAUGUUAUUUGGAGAUAUGGUUGAUGCAAAAUGUUUACCAAAUGUCAUGACAUAUAGCUCAAUUAUUUAUGGAUAUUUUUUCAUUGGUGACUCAUCGUGUGCUCUCUCUACAUGGGAGGAGAUGGAAAAGGUUGGUUGUGUGCCAAAUGCCAUUAGUUACAGCAUAUUGAUCAAUGCGUUAUGCAAUGUAGGGAGAUUAAAAGAUGCUAUGAUGGUUUGGAAAAACAUGCUUGGUCGUGGCUGUGUGCCUGAUACAAUUGCUUAUACUUCAAUGGUCAAGGGGUUAUGCAUGUCUGGAAUGGUAGAUGGUGGUGUCCGUUUAUUUAAUGACAUGUUGGCAAAGGGUGAUGCCAGGCCAGAUGCCAUCAGUUAUAAUAUUCUAUUGGAUGGGCUGAUACGCACAAACAACCUUCCUCGGGCAAUGGACUUGCUUAACCAGAUGCUUGAUCAACUGUGUGAUCCAGACACAGUAACAUGCAACAUUUUCUUGCGGGAGAUUGGGGUCGUAGAGGGGAAAGGGAGAUAAUUUUUAGAGGGAUUGGUCGUGAGGCUAUGCUGUAGAGACAGAUAUAGGGCAGCAGGAGAUGUUGUGAUGGCCAUGCUGGCUAAGUACAUUGUGCCAGAGGCUGCCAUUUGGUAAUACUGUAGUGAAAGGAGUUUGUCAGACAAAUAGAAUUCAGAAAGUGGUUGACAAUUGUUGGACUGAGAUUUGGAGGCCUUGAAGGUUAUUUAUAUUUGUUCAAUACAUCGAUGGGCACAUGUUGGAGUCAUUUUUAUACUCGAUCUGUUGGAAAUUUGGAUGUUGUUGGGACCAUGCUUCGUCGCCGAAGGUCCUGCAGGAGGAAAUAGCUUCGGCUAAAGCUGCUUAUACAUGAUGACCGAAGCUACCACUCGUGAAGCUUCGGCGUUAUAACAUAUCCGAAGAUGAAGUAUCGAACCGACUUAAAGAUAGAAUGACCUUUUAGUCCAUAAGGGUCUGAGUCAUUGUUGUAAACUUUUAUAAGGGGUAUGAUUGUAAUUUUUUACGGGAUGUGUCCUGUGCUUAUAAAUAGUUAACAGUAUUCCUUUACUGUUCACGGAUUCCUGUAAUUGCAAACACAUUGUGUGAUGUACGGAAAUACGUACACA